UCAUUCACAUUCUACAUUUAAGAUGCUAGGUGUCUUGCUGCCUAAGGGGACAUUAGUAUCUAAUGAUGCAGAACUUAUAUCUAAACUUUUCCAUCGCUUGUAAUGCUGCAGGCCUAACAACAGACUUCACGGCUGGUGCUAUCCUUGCCUUGCUCUUGACUCUCUUCUUCUUGUUGAAUGUAGGAUGAAGAAGAAGCUGAUCCUUGACGUGGACACAGGGGUGGAUGAUGCUCAGGCCAUCAUGGUGGCCCUCGCGGCCCCUGACGUGGAAGUUUUGAUGAUCUCCUGCUGCCACGGUAACACACCCUUGGAGAACGUCGAGAAGAACACGCUGCGUGUCCUGAAAGUCUGCAAGAGGCUGGAUAUCCCAGUGCAUUCCGGCUGUUCACUGCCCCUGCUGGCCCGUAAACAGAAUGCUGGAGAUUACCACGGGAAGGACGGGCUGGGGGACGUCCCAGAUCCAGACGCUCCAGGCCUGGAGCUGCUGCACAAGAGGAAUGCUGUGAAGGCCAUGAUCAAGAUAGUGAAUGAGAACCCUGGAGAGGUGAUUCUCGUGGCCACGGCGCCCCUCACUAACCUGGCCGUCGCAGUGGAGCUGAACCCCAACUUCCCUAAGAAACUGAAGGCGCUCUACAUCAUGGGUGGAAACACUGAAUCCAGGGGGAACACUACAGUGUGUGGAGAGUUUAACUUUGUGGCUGACCCCGAGGCUGCCUACAUCGUGUUGGACCGCUACACCUGCCCCACCUACAUCGCCCCGUGGGAGUUCAGCUGCAGGAACAGCCUGCCAUCUUUCUGCGACCAGUGGCUGGCCCAAAAGACAGAGAAGGCUGCCUUUAUGUCAAAGAUUGCGUGUCUUUCGAUGAAAAAAGCUCAGUCAGCAGACUAUCAGAAGGAGAUCACGGAAGGAAAAGGGUUCAAUUCCUGCGACACCUACGCCAUGGCCGCCGCCGUCGAUGACACAUUCAUAACAGAGAGUGACGAGGUCGCAGUGACAGUGGAGCUGCAGGGGACUAACACCCGAGGCAUGAUGGUGCUGGACUACAUGGGCCUGCUGAAGAAGGAACACAAGGCUUUCAUCAUGAAGAAGGUGGACUUGGAGAAGUUCAAGCAGAUGUUCAUGAACUCACUCAAGUAGAAAUAUACUGUGACAAGCUGAAUUUGGUUCAUCAAAAUGAAUUAAAAUGACUUUUGUUAUGAUA